AACAUCAGUUUAAGUAUUCAUUUCGCUUUGAGGAGUAUUUCUAGGACAGCUGACUAUAUCAGUUGCUGCAGAGUUUGUAUACAAUGGCAGCAGCACAAUUUAUUCGGUCUCUGCGACCGACAGCACGAAAUGGCCUAAGGACUUUUCCAAACUUGCAGCCACAAAGUCGAGCUUUUGGAUUAUCAGCACAUCGUGCCAAUGAACGCGCUCCGAGCACCGCCAAAGGACACCGGGAGAUUCAAAAAGAGCGCCCUUUGAACCAAUCCAUUCCGAAUACUACCUCGACACUUACCAAGGACUACCCGAAAGUUGGUGCUGACAGCUCUCCGCCAGAUUUUCUGAGCACUGUCGACCCAAACUAUAAGCCAGCUGAUCCGUAUCCCGGAAAGGUUGAACAUUUGACUGGCGGGAGGGAAUCUGCGGGUGCUCAAAAACCGGAGCUGGAAGUGGGUGAGAUGGAGGGUAUUACGUUCAAGGUUGAGCCGCUGAAGAGGCAAGGUGAAGAUACGAGCACAAUGCGUGCCAGGUUACUAUAUCAAAGCCGGAAGAGAGGCAUUCUCGAGACCGAUCUUUUACUGUCAACUUUUGCAGACGUAUAUCUCGGAAAUAUGUCCAAGGAACAAUUACAACAAUACGACAAAUUCCUCGACGAGAACGAUUGGGAUAUUUACUACUGGGCUACUCAAGAACCAAAACAGGCCGAAAAAAUUGCAUCCUCUUCAGCAGGAGAUGCCGGUUCUGCCGUCAAGGUAGAUACGCCGACGGAGGCAUGGAAGCAAGGAGCCGGCAAGACUGGUGAGUGGGCGCAGACAGUGGGAGCAUUCAAACCUGCAUAUCGUCCGGUGCCUUCUCGAUGGGCUGAUUCGGAGAUUUUGGCCUUGGUGAGACAGCAUGUGCAGGAUAAGAGUGCAGUCGGGUUUCAUGCCGCUAAACAGAAGAAACGAGGAGGAAGCGGUUUGGGCCGGAUGCCAGAUGUGAAGGUGUUUGACUCGUAGAGUCGAUGUCGUUGUAUAUUACUCGAUUCAUUUGUAUGGUGAUGUCCCAUAGUGUGUUAUUAGUCCGAUGUGAUACGUUCUGAUAGCCUGUAUGGCACUGUACCUGAUGCU